UGUCUCGGCGAAGGGAUCGCGAGCAAAGAGCGACCAACUUGAGCGCGGAGUCCGCGCCCAUAUUCCGGGGACUUCAGCUUCGUAGAUAAUACACACAGCUGCAAAAGUCGCGGUCUAUAAUCCGUCGGAAAUGACACUAGCCGAUCUGUGAAUUGACGAACGAUAUCCGCGAUUUGCAUACGCUGAUAAUUAGCGUAUCGUUUCGCACGCCUUCAUAUUCUUUUCUUCCUCAUCUUGGUAAAUUUAUUAUGCUAUCAUCAUGACUACAAUACCGCUGACUGAUAAACAGCUUCAUCAACUGAGUAUUAGCAUUGGGAAGGCUGUAAAUUCCACAGAAACACCGGUGAAGGAAAAACAUGUUCGAAGUGCCAUUAUUGGUACAUAUCGAGAGAAGAGUGGCUGCAUCUUCUGGACGUAUAUGCUGAGACAACCGUUGCAGGAGAAUCAGAUCGUCGCGUGGAAAUUUUGUCAUGUUCUGCACAAAGUACUGCGCGAGGGACAUCCUCGGGUUAUCGUCGAUUCCCAACGGUAUCGCGGCAAGUUGGAAGAUAUUGGAAAACUCUGGCAACAUCUUAGAGAAGGUUACGGUCGCCUCAUACAAUUGUACGCAAGACUGCUAAUAACUAAAUUAGAUUAUCAUAAACGGAAUCCGCGCUUACCUGGGAAUUUGCAAGUAACACCGGAAGAGCUCGAAGCAAUUGGAGAAAAUGAUAUUAAUAUAUACUUUCAGAUGUCAGUUGAAAUGUUUGAUUAUAUGGACGACAUCUUGAAUUUACAGCAUGCAGUUUUUGGUUCUCUGGACUUAUCACGAUCUAAUUCAAUGACACCAUGCGGCCAGUGUCGACUCGCGCCUUUAAUUCCGUGUAUUCAGGAUGCUUCGCAAUUGUACGAUUGCUGUGUGAAAAUCCUGUUUAAACUCCACGGCGCACUUCCGGCGGACACGUUAACAGGACAUCGCGAUAGAUUCUCAAAGCAAUUUCAUGAGUUGAAGAGUUUUUACAAUACUAUCAAACAUAUGCAGUAUUUUAAAUAUUUGAUAGCAAUUCCGUCGUUACCUGAGAAGCCACCUAACUUUUUAAUACAAGCCGAGUUAAGAACGUAUGUCACACCGAUAGUGGUACUUCCGCCCGAAGAAUCUAUAGAUUCUGAGACUGCCAUAGAAAACCUUAUUGAUACAUCCGAUACGGGAUCAUUAACGGGCGAUCAAUUGGAUUCUGUGAAUACACGAAACGGCUCGAUAUCACCUGAUGCUCUUGUGGAAAGAGACAGCCUUAUCGAUCACUUAUAUCAAGAAAAUGUUCGUCAAAGGCAAGAAGUAAAUCAUUUGUUAAUGGACCAUCAACAAAUAGUUGCAGAUUUUAGAAAUCGCGUUUUAGAAUUGGAAUCGACUCUUUCUACUAAAAGUAAUGAAAUUGUAACGGAGAAACAAACUUGUCAGAAAUUAAUGAAGGAAAACGCAAUUACAUUAGCAAAAGUUCAAGAAAUUGAAGGAAAAAAUGAAGUAUUAGAGGAAAAAUUUAAAAAACUCAAGGAUGUUUACUCGAAGCUGAGAGAAGAACAUAUCAGUUUAAUCAGAAAGAAAGCUGAACUCGAUAAAGAAUUGGGAGGAAUAAAGAUAUCACGAGAGCAAUCUGAACGUCGAACAUUGAAAGCGGAAGAGCGAUUGCAAGAGUUGCUUCAAGGACAAGCGUCGACAGAACAAGAAACGCAGAGAGUAGCGCAAGCACGCGAAGAUUUAGAGGAUGUAAGAAAGAAACUUGACGCUGUCCAAACCGAAAAUUUGGCAUUAAUAGCAAAAAUAGAUUUUAUUACGUCUGAGAAAACAGCUUUAGAAGAAGAUCUCCAUGAUUUACUGAUACAAAAAGAAGAACUAGAUUUACGAAUAGUAAAUUUGGAAACCGAUGCCGAACGAUCCUAUAAUCAAGUAAAAAUAGACGCUAACACGGCUCUUUUUGAUUUACUAUUGAAUGCUAUAUCAGAAGCGGAAUCUAUCUUACAUUACGCAAUGCAUGCGAUCGAUAAUCCGGCCAUAUCGGCGUUAACAUGCACGCCCGAUUAUCUCGAAAGUUUAUUAGAGCCGACAGAAAAAUCAUUUAAUGAUUUGGAGGAGGCAUAUAAUAAUUAUAUGCUUGAUACAACGAAGGGAAAAGUGCUAAUUCGUACUGCUGUACAUAGUGCAUACUUUUUGGCUCUCUAUCUAAUAUAUGCAAAAUCCACUUCAAACACAUCGACAGAUAUUGGUAUAGCUGAUAGAUUUGCCGAUGAAUGUAAACAGUUAGGUUCGCAAGGUUUAAUUAUGUUGAGUUAUAUCAAAGAGAAGUCGUCAAUGACCGGUGCGCAAAUUACAAAUGUCAAAAGUCAAUUACAAAAGAUUUCGUCUCUCAUAAAUACAUUAUCAAGUACUCAGAACAACGUGGAAAUUGUCGGAACUUUAGUAGAAAGUGAGUUGCAGAGUAUGGAUAAAGCUAUUGAAGAAACGGUUGCAAAAAUACAGGAUAUGUUGGAUAAAUCUCGUGCGGCGGAUUCAGGUUUGAAAUUAAAAGUAAACGAACAGAUCUUGGAUUCUUGCACGGAUCUAAUGAAAUGCAUAAGAAAAUUAGUGCAGAAGUCUCGCUUGCUGCAGAAGGAAAUUGUAGAACAGGGAAGGGGAACUGUUUCUGCUACUGAAUUUUACAAACGUAAUCAUCAAUGGUCCGAGGGUCUUAUCUCAGCAGCAAAAGCGAUUGCUAUGGGCGCAAAUUUUUUAUUAGAAGCAGCAGAUAAAGUUGUGUUAGGAAAUGGCAAAUUUGAGCAAUUGGUUGUUGCCUCACAAGGCAUUGCGGCAUCUACCGCGCAAUUGGUAGUUGCUAGUAGAGUUAAGGCUGACAGAAAUAGUACUAAUUUGACUGAACUUUCUAAAGCUUCGAGAGAAGUGACUCAAGCUACAGCGAACGUUGUGGCGACUGCUAAAAGCUGCAAUCAUCUUGUUGAGGAAAAUGAAGAUUUAGAUAUGUCUAAUCUAAGUUUACAUCAAGCUAAAAGGCUCGAAAUGGAGGCACAAGUGCGAAUUCUAGAAUUGGAGCAAGCCUUAGAAACUGAGAGAUUACGUUUAGCCGCACUUCGACGUUAUCAUUAUCAACUUGAUGGUGAGAAUGAAGCAUGAGCUGGAUUUGAGCAUCGAUUGAAUUUAGAUUAAGGAUAUUCAACAAAUACAAAAAUCGUAUGUAGAUAAAGAAUCAUAGCAAUCGUGUAAAUUAGUCUCGACUCAACUAACCAUAGAGAUCGGUUUUACGUUA